AUGGAGAUGAAGGACGCUUGGACGCCUCGCAAGGCCGAGGAGACCCAGGGAUACGCGGAUAGCAAUGAACUGGAAAACCUCUUUGCCGCGAUCAAGGAUGUCUACGGUCCCAUAGCCACAGGAAGCGCUCCUCUCUUCGACGCCAACGGAACUACCCUACAUAGUAAGAAGACGCAAAUGUUUAAAUGAUAGGCCGUGCACUUCAGAAACGUUCUAAGUCGUCUCUCCACCUUCUCCGAUGCUGCCAUUGCCCGUGUGCCUCCCAUGGAGGCCAAUGCCUACAUCGAACUCGCGUCCUCUCCACACGAAACCAUCAAGACCUGCAGCAACUCUCUAGAGGGAAGGCGCACGGAUCGGCCGCAAUCCCUGCUGACAUCUGCAAGCACGGUGGCCGCAUCAUAUGGAACACCUGACCGGCGUUAUUUCAGGAGACGUGGCUUCAAGGAGACGUCGCUCAAGAUUUCAAGGACGCUGCACUUUUCAGUCCCUACAAACGGAUAGAGAACAGCCAAAUCUGCGACAAACACGGAAUAAUAUAACUGCUCAGCAUCGCCGGAGAGAUUUUUGCUCGACUUUUCCCAAAUCGCCUUAAAAUUUACCUGUAAAAAGGACGCUUUUCGGGAAGCCAGUGUCGUUUCAACCUGUAUCGCGACACAAUUUACAGGAUAUUUGCCAAACGCCAACUUCAGGAGAAAUGUAAGGAGAUGCGGACCCACCUCUACUCUACCUUUGUGGAUCUGACGAAAGCCUUCGACACGGUCAGCCGCGAAGGAAUGCGGAAAAUUAUGCAGAAAUUCGGCUGUCCCAGGCGUUUCAGUCAGAUGAUGCGUCAGCUCCACGAUGUCAUGACGGCGCGCGUUACGGACAAUGAGGCCUUCUCAGAGGCAUUCUCAGUAACGUAGAGGGUGAGGCUGAGCUGUAUCCUCGCACCUUCUAUCGCCAGUCCCAUGCUUUCUCUCAUGCUGAUGAACGCCUAGAGUGACAACCCCCCAGGAUUCUCGUUGCCCAGAGGACGGACGACCAACUCCUCAAUCAUCAGUUAACGAACUUCUAGUCGCGUGUAUCAACAACUACGGUACAUGAGCAUCUCCUUACCGCCAACGGCGCUCUCAACGCAGCCACAGAAGUGGGAACGCAAAGGGGCAUGGACCUAUUCGCUGCCACCGUUAACAACCGUGACCUCUUAAUCAACACGGACAAAAUGGUGGUUAUGCAUUAACCCUCACCCGGCACUAAGUCGUUUUCAAAAUCGACGUGAACGACGCCCCACUGCAAGCCGUGGAAACCUACCCGGACAGCACCCUUUCUCGCAACACCAUAAUCGACGAUGAAGUGGUCCGUCGGAUUUCCAUAACCAGCCAAGCAUUCAGAACACUGCCUGGAAACAUCACAGUUUCUACCUCAACACCAAAAUAAAGAUGUGUGCGUCGGUCAUUCUGCCAACGCUGCUCGUCGAAAGAAGUGUGGUAGACAAGACAAAGAUUCUCGAUCAUAAGUCAGGGAAGACGGAGUGAGUUGGACAACCUUUUCUGUUUUGGAAGUGCGUACACAUAGGCUUUGUAUGUAGUCGCCGCGAGCGCGCUCUCCAGGUCAGUUGUUGUCUGUGUCUGCCUUCGAGGUACUGAGACCCCGCGCGUCCGCCAGUCAGUCAGAGGGGGGACAGCGUUGAUUGGCCUGGAGCACUCGCAAGGUUAAUGACAAGCCUCGCGCGUCCCAGCAGCGUAUCGAUAAGGAGUGUGAGGCGGACAGAAAGGCAGCGUGCCAAAGGCGGAGGGCAAGGAGACGAUAACUGCCACAUGCUGUAUGGAGCGGAGUCCUGGGCGGUGUACUCGGAGCGGGCGCGAAGACUCUGUCAACUUUCAAUCAGCUGUCUUAUACUGAUACUGAAGUUGAUGUGGCAGAACCAGAUCCCGGACAUGGAUGUACUGGAGCGGAUGGCAAUCCUAAGCAUUCACGCCAUGCUGUGACAAUUUAAACUCCGCUGAAGCGGUCACUUCGUGUUAAUGAACCAUGAGCGGUUACCGGAACGACUCUUCUACGGAGAUGUCGCCACAGGUUCCCGCCGACAAGGAGGUUCAGCCCGACUCUACAAGUGCGCUCCAAAUGCUUCUUUCAAGCGAUCAACCCUGAAGACCUCGCUCGGGACCAACUGGCCUGGAGGAAGACAGUGAAGCCAGCCUCAGGGAAAUGCGAAUUCAACUGCAAAUCUUGAGUUCCUCCACCCAGCAACGUCAACGCUCAACCUUCCCUAGCAUGUCCACGAUGUCAGGGAAUAUUCAAUGCACCAAUUGGUCUUAUUGGACACCUAAUAAAAUGCAGUACCCAGACGACACCAUCUGAUAUAUCUCCAUCCAUCCUAGCCUGUCCCCCCACGUCGAUAAUCACCCAUUGCCGAGGUCCUGGUAGUCCACUGCCAUACUCCAUCGCUUCAACACAUGCUGCGGCGGCUGCUGUUACCACCAGCACCGCACACAAUCCUGACACACCGUUAAACAUCAACCUCGUCACCGGCAACACCACUGAUUUAGACACGACCCUAACCUGUCCGCAUUGCGGUCUCACAUUCACCUCGCAUAUCCGCCUGAUCGGCCACUUGGGAAUCCGACGCAUAGAGACUGGCGAAACAGUGCCUGGAGAACACACACGCCAGCCGCAUCUUCCUCCACUGUUCGCACUGUCCCGCACAUUCACCCACCGCAUGGGCCUACCCGGUCACAUGUGUAUCCACAACAGUGGAACUAACCGCAGUUCGGACAUGCCUAGCAUAUCUAGCAUGCCUAGCUCAGCCCAGAUCCCACCGCCAACCGCGCCCAUCGCCGGAAACUCCACUACCACCAUCAUCACUGUAGUCGACUCUGGCACUUCAGGUCUAUUCUGA